UUUGGAACUAGAAGCUGCUGCACUGCACUGCACGUGUUGCGUGACGAUCUAAUCUUUUGAGCCAAACUCAGAUCACACGCUUACCUGCUUGGUACCUACCUACCUUAACUAUAACUUAGGUACCUACUUGUGAGAUUGUACAAGCGCUCAUAAGAAAAGAAAAUGUCAGCCACCACAAGUCUAUCAAGGCAAGCACUCGCCCGUGCCUGGAAACAGGCGCCUGUGCGCCCCACGACAUCCUGCACAUUCUUCUUCGCUAGGCACAACGCGGCCAGCCAUGCCUGCGCCUACUCGACCGAGGCACCCCCUCCGCCGCUGUUGGCCCAGCUCAAGGGCGACCUCAAGGGUGCCAUGAGAGCCAAGGACGCUCCGCGCCUGGCCGUGCUCCGCUCUGUGCUGGCCACGACGCUCAACGCGAGCAAGACGGGCUCGCCCAUCAACACCGACGCGGCCCUCGUCGCGCUCCUGCGCAAGACGGCCCGGUCGUACCAGGAGGCCGCCGAUGGCUUCCACGCCGCCAAUCGCCCGGAUCUGGCCGAGAAGGAGGAGGCCCAGAUCAAGAUCCUCGACGAGUACUCAGCAAAGAGCGGUAUCGAGACGGUCGGCGAGGAGGGGCUCAGGGCCAUUGUCCGAGCAGCCAUUGAGGGCUUGCCGGCCGACAAGAGCAAGAAUCUUGGCGAGGUCAUGAAGACAGUGCUCCGUCCUGAUGGCCCUCUGGCCGGCAAGGAUUUCGAGAAGUCCGAGGUUGCCAGGAUCGUCAAGGAGGAAGCAAGUAAAUGAGGUGGAGAUCGGUGAGGCAUGCCGAACUCCUUUCAACAACUAAUACUACCCACUCACGCCAAACGAAAACUCGGCGGAUGUACUAUACUGUAUAAAAUCUACAUCUCUCCCAAGACCUUUGUCGAGACAAAGAAAAAUUUUGCGACGAGCCAACCCCAUCCCACUUCGGAAUACAAAAGCUUGAGGCAGGUAUUUUUUUUGCAGGUGUCCAGAGGCCAGAAUAUCACGACGCUGCAGGUUGGAAUCACAGCUGUGAAUACGUAUCAUAAAACAAGGAACGGGAAAAGACCUGAGCGAGGGUACAUUUCAGACCCUGGCCUGAUCAUAGAUGGAUGAAAGCAAGAGAUCGCUGCAUUAACUAGUAAAAUAUUAGGAGACUUGAUUAUGUACAUCAACGCCGUGUAAGUAUAGAGUGAAGCUCCCAAUCCUUGCUGU